AUGUUUGGCAACUUCACCACCUUUGCCGGCAUCCCAGCCAAGAGCAAGGUAGACCCCAAGGACGUCCCGCCUCCUACGCCUGUUACUCUUCCUCGUUUCCAACCCUUUGCUCAUGACGAUGACCCCGUUGAUGAUGCUGUUGCGCUUUCAGCCCUCCUCCGGAACACGGGGCGAUCAACUGCUGCUCUCGGCCCUCUCGGGUUCUCUGCCAUUGGCCUCAACCUGAACCUCGAUGCUAAGCCUGUUGACCUCAUUCCUGAUCCGUCAUACAUCCCUGAUUUUGACGAUUGGGACAAGCUGACGCCAGAUGAGGCCCAGGAGAAGAAUCAGUCUACUCGAAAGCCCUUAAAGAACGGCAACCUUUCUCCUGGAUGUCAUGUUUAUAUAGAACGAAAGAAGGAACUGUCCAAUGCCAACGAAGAUGCCUUUCGAACUGUCAGAAGGCUCCCGGCGCCCAAAGGAAAGACCCAGGCUCGACUAGGGAACGCUUAUGAGUUUUUCCGCUGCCUCGAAGGAUUUACUUCUUUCUGGGAUGACCCUACUCAGCCGCCACCACUCCCCCCUUCGCCUGAAGCACCUGCCGAAGGCACAUCGUCUGAUGGAACCACAAACUCGGAGGGUGAAAAACCUGUGAGCCCCAAGUUAGACGAUAGUUCUAGCUUCUUCAGAACCAGUGCCGGGUCGUCAAUGCCGCUUGAAUAUCGCAACAAUCUCAUGACAGCUUUCGUCAAACUUGUUGCCUAUGACUUUGGAUGCAACGUCUCACCCAGUCGAACCGAACCUCGACUUCACUUCAGCUCGCCACAAGGAUCUGGAUCUCGUAAAUCAUUCUGCCCCUCUGGCUGUCUCUUUGUAUUCCAGAGCCCGACUACCCGUGAGGCCGCUCGCGCGGGUGUAAUCCACGGACCUGUAGCUGCCGUCAGUGCCAGAGGGACAACCGACUUUACUCAGCCCGACCCCGAAAUGGCACAGUCACUUGACCUCGCUCGAGAAAUCGUAGCAGCUCUCAUCACGGCUCAGCAUCGUGCACGUGAAGGAAAGACGGAGAAGCGCUUUGGUGAGGGAGAGUGGUGGACAACCGAGAAGCGAUGGGGAGGUGGCUCUGGAGGCCCUAUCGGACGUGAGAUCGAGAAGGAUUCCGUGCAAGGCGAUAAAGACGCGAAACCCAGUGACGAAAACGGCCUGCCUAUGCCACUCGCUAAGAAAGCUCGCAAGAACAUGAGUAUCUAUGACAACUACCGCAUGAUUCGACCUCCUGCAGCAACAUGGGAUAAGAAAGCUCAGUAUGAGGCCAUCGGAAGAGUUAAGGGGGCUGACUACGACGAUAUCUUUGUGGUGAGCUCUUUGUUUCACCAUGUCUCAAUUCUCCGUGUCAGGGUACCAAAUCGACUGCUUGAAGUUCUGGACGGGGCACGCGAGCCAGAAACAGGCGGGCGUAGUUGGGGCAAGGUUGAGGCAUGGAGGAGUCCCUGGUACGAUCUAUUUGACACAGUGGAACGUCUAGCUGCUAUGAAGCUAGUAUGGGGGAUGAUGGCUUAUCAGAUGAGGAAAGAUGACAGCAGUGACGGAGACGUCAAGAUGGCUGGUGCUUGA